CUGCUCUUUUUUCUAAUGCGUUGUUUUGGUCCUUGCUUUGGUCCAUGCUUAGCUUUGCUUUUUGUUUUUACUGAGUCUAUGGCAAUGGGCAUUUUGCGUUGACGGGCUUUUGAGCUUCGAAAACUGUUCUUUUUCUCUUGUUGGUUUAAUGGGUUCCUCUUAAUUUUCGUGUUUUGGGAUGUUUUGACUGUGUUUUCUUGGUGUCUAUUUUGUAUCUGGGCAUCUGGGUUUGUGGCCCUUUGAGAAAGGUGGUAGGUUGGUAUGGUUGACUUAACACGCAAAGGACAGAGAUUAGUAAGUUCUUGUAAAUGAGAUGUUUUGGUGUGUAUGUUGGUUCUUGGAAAUCUAAUUUCGCUUAUCAUGAUGUGUGAUUUGGACUUUCUGAGUGUGGACUGUAAAAGGGAAUCGUCAAUAUGCAAGUUGAAGAUGGCUGCUCUGCUUGCUAACCCAGAAUUGACGCCAUUGAAGCAGGAGUAAGGUGAUAUAUAGAAAGACUAUAAAGUGACUGUUUUGCAUUGCCAAGAAAAUUGCAUACAACUAUGGUGAGCUUAAGAAGGCGCAAACUCUUGGGACUAUGCUCUGGAAGAAGUUCUUUCCUAGAUCCACUUCCUAGGUUUUCUAGCAAUGGAAUUGCUCCUGCAAAUUCCCAAUACACCAGACCUGUCAGUGUGCAUCCCAUGCCUUCAGAUGAUGCUGACCAUCUAGAGCUUCAGAAAAUGAGUGCAAAAGUAGGACCUGGAUCAUCAAAUGUAUCUGGUUCUAGUUUCUCUAGCAUAUCCAAAGAUCAGCAUAACCAGCCAGUUGCAGGCCCACCAAUAAAGCGCAGAAAGCGACACAGGAGAAAGCAUUUUCAGAACCAAGAACCAUGCCUGAUGAGAGGUGUCUAUUUCAAAAAUAUGAAAUGGCAGGCUGCAAUAAAAGUUGACAAGAAACAAAUCCAUUUGGGUACUGUUGGUUCACAAGAAGAGGCUGCACACCUGUAUGACAGAGCUGCUUUCAUGUGUGGGAGGGAGCCGAACUUCGAGCUAUCAGAGGAAGAGAAACAAGAACUGAGGAAAUUCAAAUGGGAAGAGUUCUUAGCAAUGACUCGCCAUGCAAUAACAAAUAAAAAACAUAGAAGAAGGCUUGGGGCAGAGUCACAGAAGAGGUCUGAGCCUUCUCGAUUGCAAAAUGGUGAUUGGGAAGGAAAGAAUGAAGUCAAUGAUCUCUCGGCUUCAGAAGAUAUGGAGCCAGAUACCUCAGCCUCUUGAAAUAAUUACGGUUCAAGCACAAGGCUGAAAUUUUCAGUUCUAACAGUUAAGUUUCUAGUUUAUAGGCCUCCAAUUUUUUGGUGUAUAAAGGUCCAUAUUAGGGCCAAUGAUGGUAGAUUAAUUAACUUCUAGUAAUCAAAUUCCAAUAAAAGAGUUAUAUAUAUAUAUAUAUAUAUAUAUAUUAUUCAUAAUAGUCAAUAAUCAUUUCGUAAUUA